AGAACGGAGCUGUGAGCACAAAGAUUCGAUUUGUGCUGAUGACCUGAAAGCAAGCGAAGAGUUUCAGGCGCUUGUUUCUGUCAGACAGAGGCAGCUGGAGGGCAGUUUGCUGACAGGGUUGACUGACUGGCUUGGGGCCCAACAACCUGAUUGCUCAGAACAUUUUACAUCAGCAGUCGUGCUGCCAUGGAAACAAAGCCCACAACCUGGCAGGAGCAAGGCCUUUUCACUUCUCUAGUUGAGAUGCAGGGUGAAGAGGGCGCAAGCGUGGGCCACAGUGUUCCUCUACGAGAGAGAAAAGCCCCCAAGGCAAUGCCUGAGGAGGACUUAGAAGCCCCGGAGCUUGGAGUCAGGCUUGAAGCUCCGCGAGAACGCCAGACAACCAAGAUAAUAGAAAUAGUUGAUGUAAUCAAAAUUGAAAAUCGGAAAUCCACAGAUAUUAUUCAGCGGCCUAUGAGAGAGACACGAGAAGAUGUGACAGAAUUGGAAGGAAGGCCUAAAAAGUUCUCAGAUACACAGGAGGAACCUAAAGAAGCAGAUAAUUUCUGUGAGAAGGAUUUCCCGCCUCCACUGCUGCUCCGUGCCUUAUCAGCAGCAGAGUGUGGUGAGAAAGAAGGGGCUUCCAGCCUGGAGGGUGAGGUGGGGGAGUGGAUCAGUGAAGCCGAACCAAAUGAAGUCACUCAAGAAUGCGCAGAGACACCCAAACUUCUUGAGCCAGCUCAUGGGGAUGCAGACAUAAGAUCAUGGUUGAAUUCAACAGCACUAAUGAAUGCAGGUGACAUUAGAAGCAAUAAAACUGGAACUUCUGGGUCUCAGUCUGCCCGACGCUGUCUCUCCGACAUGAGCAGCUCAGACGACAGAGACACUUUGAACUCUCCUCCUUUCGCCGAUGAAAGUGAAGAAGAAGAGGGAACAGGUGGAGAUGUAACAACUUGUCAGCACCGAUCUGCUGCACGUGAGAUGAGCUGCAUGGGUUUCCAACCUUCAUGUUCCAAUCUUGAAGAGACCGACUCAGCCCUGCCUGCAGAUGAUUCAGUCAGACAGGAGGAGGCAGUGUUGCCACAAAGUCAGUCUCAGCUCUGUCCCAGGAGAUUAAACCAGGAAGCUGCACAACAGGUGUUUGGCCAGGGAUCUCCACCUGGUUCGGCUGUUGCCAUGGAGCUGGCCAAUCAGGGAGGGGAAGCCUCUCAAGGCCAUAGUUGCGUUGCAGCUGCAAGAGAAAGGAGCAGCAGGGUGGGGGAGAGGACAGAGGGUGAAAAUGAGCAAACAGGUGGAGUGAAAGGGCAGAAUAAGAGCAGAGUUGAAAAGAGCAGGACGGCUGUGAGGUCACAGAGCAGAGGGCUGUUCAGGUAUCUCCAGGCAGUCCAAACACAAGAGCCCAAGGCAGAAAACAGCUGUGGUAUAUCUCCUACAGCCAACAGAGACACCAGGAUGAGGAGUGACACGUAUGAUGAUAGCCAGAGUGACAGCGGAGUGUCAGCAGACUUCCACUCAUACAGAACACUGGACAGCAGCACCAGCAUGUCUACGGACUCUCCGGGCCCUGUCUCCUCAGAGACCCCCAUCGAGAGGGAGAUAAGACGGGCCAUAGAGCGUGAGCAAAGCCUGAGGAGAUCCAGAGGACUUCCGAACCAGCGCACCUCUCCAGAAUACGUAGAAGUUCCUUCCAGAAAAAGUCUUAGCAUGUCCUCCACUCCCAAGUGGUCCCAGAACAAGGACAGGGAAUUUGCAGGCAAGAAGAUGCAGCAUGAGAUUCACGAAGAGACUCGGAGGGAGCAAGACCUGGUCAAGAUUGGAAAAAUCCCUGGCUUCUAUGACAAAGGCACAGUCCGCCAAAUAAAAGAGAGGAAGCAGCUCUUUGAGACCCUGCAGGUAUGUCCAGAAUCGCCAUUGACAUUCUCACCGAAAAGUAAGACCCCAUCCUGGUCGUCCGGUAGCAGUGAAGAUUUGAAUUUAAUUUUGGAGAGUCAAGAUGAAUCUGGGACAUCCACCCCAGAACAUACCACCUACAAGGAGAGAAAACCCACGACGGUCAAUGCCUCACAGAACCAAACCUCUGCCAAAGGUUUAGACCGCUCUGGUCUCAGAGGACCAAAGCUCUCAGAGGGGACCGGCUGUCAGAUCAUCAUCAUAGAAAAUAGCCGAACCAUUCCAGCACAGAAACACUACAAAGCCAAAGCAGAGGCAAAGGCCAGUCCAGCUCUUGAAACUGGAAAGGAUUUCAACUCGACAGAAAAGACAAGAAGCUAUGAUGGGCUGGUGAAGGCAAAGAAGGAACAGGAGGCGAAAGAGAUGUCACCGUCCAAGGGGAACCCUUUUUUCAAGCUACGUUCCUCGGCUAAUUUAGAUAAAGUGAGGCAAGAUAUCCAAGAGGCCAAAGACAGGGAGAACGAGCUUCACACUUUGCGGCUCAGCUUGUAUGGAGGAAUCAAUGGUGCCGAAUCCCCCUCAAAAAAUGAAAUCCCAGCUCCCAGUCCGCUUCCCAAUGGUAACAGUGGACUAGAUGAAGGACGGCAGACAGUGGACCAGGUGUCUGUGCCACCGCCUGGCCAGAGUGAAGAGGAAAAGAUUUUCCACACAGAGGUUCGCAAGAGUCCCAGAACUCCAAGACAAAAGAAUCCUCUAGUGCAGCUGUGGGAGUCGGGCCUGAUCAACAACUACAACCUGGAAGACGAGUGAGGAUCAGGGAGGGUUCACAGAGACCUACAUUUUCUUUAAUUAUGGGAUGAAAUCAAAACA